AUGAUCACCAAGAUUCUGGAGGUAUAUAAUUGUACAGUGGCAACACAUUUCAUUCUUCUGGGAUUUCCCACACGGCCUGCUUUCCAGCUGCUCCUCUUUUCUGUUUUCUUGGCAACGUACCUGCUGACACUGCUAGAGAACUUUCUUAUCAUCCUAGCCAUUUGCAGUGAUGGACAGCUGCACAAGCCCAUGUACUUCUUUCUGAGCCAACUUUCUUUCCUGGAGAUGUGGUAUGUCACAGUCAUCAGCCCCAAGAUGCUGGUAGAUUUCCUCAGCUAUGACAAGAGCGUUUCUUUCAAUGUCUGCAUGACUCAACUUUACUUCUUUGUGACCUUUGUCUGUACUGAGUACAUCCUUCUUGCUGUCAUGGCCUUUGACCGCUAUGUGGCCAUUUGUAAUCCACUAUGCUACCCAAUCAUCAUGACCAACCAGCUUUGUGGUACACUGGCUGGGGGAUGCUGGUUCUGUGGACUCAUUACUGCCAUGAUUAAGAUGGUUUUCAUAGCCCGACUUCACUACUGUGGCACACCUCACAUCAAUCACUACUUUUGUGAUAUCUCUCCACUCCUCAAUGUUUCCAGUGAAGACUCCUCACAGGCUGAGUUGGUGGACUUCUUCUUGGCCCUCAUGGUCAUUGCUGUUCCCCUUUGCAUAGUAGUGUCAUCUUAUGCCACCAUCCUCACCACCAUCCUCAGGAUUCCUUCUGCUCAGGGCCGCCAAAAGGCAUUCUCCACCUGUGCCUCUCAUCUGACAGUUGUAACUCUCUUCUAUUCCACUACCCUUUUCACCUAUGUCCGCCCCAAGCUCAUGUAUACCUACAAAUCCAACAAAGUCGUAUCUGUGCUCUACACUGUCAUUGUCCCCCUCCUCAACCCCAUCAUUUACUGUCUGAGAAACCACGAAGUAAAGGCAGCUCUCAAGAAGACCAUAUUUUACAAAGGCAGUGGGCCCAGGGAAGAUAGGGCUUUGCGUGGUUAA